UCGAUUCAGAAAUUUUUGGCAGCUCGAAAGUUAAAAUGGCGGACUUACUAUAGAUAAGAAUGUUAUUAGUCAUUCAUUUAUGUACGUCUUCGGGGCUAAAUGUCAGGUGAUUUCGUGACAAAAUCGUUUUAAAAUAUUCCGUAAUAAUAAUAAUUAAUAAUUAUAAACAUCACAUACUUUUAAAUUUUAAUAAAACUGAUAAAAUAUAAAAUUAAAAUUAAACUGACACAAUGGGAUUAUUCUCAAAUACUUCGCCUUUUGACGUUGAAGUCGAAAAAGCAACAAAUGAAAAUAAUACGACAGAAGACUGGGGUCAAAUAAUGGAAAUAUGUGAUGCUGUAGGAAAUUCUCCGCAGAAAGCUAAAGAAUGUUUGAAAGCUAUUGUUAAAAGACUAAAUGCUCAAGAUCCUCAUAUUGUAAUACAAGCUAUUACUCUUUUAGAUGCAUGUUCAAGUAAUUGUGGUAAAACUUUUCAUUUAGAAAUAGCAUCACGCGAUUUCGAAAGUGAAAUUAAAAAAAUAUUGUUACGUUCACAGCCAAAGAUUGUUGAAAAAAUGAAAAUUUUAUUAAAAAAGUGGGCAGAAGGUGAUUUUAAAAACGAUCCACAGCUUAAUCUCAUUCCGACUUUAUACAAUAAAUUAAAAACUGAAGGUCAUGAUUUUUCUUUAAUGUCUGAAAUGCCAAAACAUUCAAGUGGAACAGCAUCAUCUGCUGCUUCUAAGGAAGAUCAAGAUCUUGCUAAAGCUAUUGAACUGUCUUUGAAAGAAAAUAAACAGCAUUCAACUAGUUCUCAUGGUUCACCAGCGUCUAGCAAAAUAACAAGUCUUUAUCCAAGCGUUAAUUUAUCAUUGUCAAAUUCAAGCCCUCCUGAGCGUCGAAAAGUACGCGCUUUAUAUGACUUUGAAGCUGCUGAAGACAAUGAACUUAGUUUCAUUGCUGGAGAUAUUAUCCACAUACUUGAUGAUUCGGAUGCCAAUUGGUGGAAAGGUGCAAAAGGUAAAAUGGAAGGCCUUUUUCCAUCUAAUUUCGUUACCGCUGAUUUGUCAGUCGAGCCUGAUCACAUUACAAAAUUAGAUCAAGGAACAAAGAAAGCUGUGCAAUUCGCCGAAGAAGUUGAAGUUAAAAUGUUGAAACGCGAGCCUGAGAUUAUUGAAGUCGAUAUUGAUGAAACUAAAAUUGAUAGGCUUUUACAUCUUUUGCAUGAAGCUGACCCCCAAAGUGAUACGACUGAUCCACCAGAGAUGUUAGAUCUUGAAGAACAAGUAACCGCCAUGGGUCCACUGAUAGAUACGGCUUUGGAAAAAGUAGACAGACAACAUGCACAAUUGACACAAUUAAGUUCUGAUUUAGUAGAUGCUCUUAAUCUUUAUCAUACAUUAAUGAGAGAGCCGACUAUCACAACUCCGUACAGUACUCUGCCAAAAAUGCCGCCUCAUAUGAAUGUCUAUCCUUAUCCAAACCAACCCCCUCAAAUGUAUAAUGGAAUGAUGCAACAGCCUCGAACAAGUUACAAUCCUGUUGCCGGACUGCCUCCAGGAACUUAUCAUCAAAAUAUGCCCGGCAUGCCCACUGAGUACAUGAAUCACAGUAUGGCUGGAAUGUCGUUACCACAGCAAUAUCAUAUGUCACCAGCUUCACACCAGCACCCACCAUCGUCAGCUGGACAUCAUCCUCCUGGUCCUCCUGGUCCAUCGGUUGGUGUUCCUUCACAUUCAGUAGUAACUCAGAACCAUCCUCCGGGACAUCAACCAGCUGGUGGACGUCCUCUGCAGUCUCAAGCUCCACAGUUAGUUCAUCAACAAGCACCACCGGCUCAAACGCUUCCUGCUGGUCAUCAAGGCCAUCCACAAACUCAUACUCAAGGACCAACUUCGGCACAGGCUCCAGAACGAACAAGUCUGCCGUAUCAAUCUCAGGGAUAUGUACCACAAAUUACGCAAAUACCGGUACAAUAUAUUCCGCCAGAGUUACAAGGAGGUCAUCCGCCGAAUCAACAGCCACAAUAUGCUCCACCAAGUGGACAACGCAUGAUGUAAAUUAUUUAAUACUACAUCUGAUUUAUAUAAUUAUAAAUAAAAUAUUUAUAAUUAUUGACAACUCACAUUUAUAUAUAUAUAAAUAAAUUUAUAUAUAAACAUAUUAAAAAAAAUUUAUGACAUUUAAUUUUGAAAGGAAAAAAUAUAUAUAUUAAUUUUUUUCAGCA